AUGAGUGACCAGGGCAACAACAACCAGAACAUCUCCUGCAACCCCUUUGCUGCCCUCUUCAGUUCACUGGCUGAUGCAAAGCAGUUUGCAUCAGGCCAGAAACCACAGCAGCUGUCUGCUGAACCACCAUGUGACCAGUCGGAGUCAGAGAACUCUGUGUCAGACAGCAUUGAUGACAAUGAUGACUCGGUGGCAGAGAUCAGCCGUUCGUUCCGCUCCCGCCAGGAGCUAUGUGAACAGCUCAAUGUCAACCACAUGAUCCAGAAAAUAUUUCUCAUAACACUUGAAAACAGUGAUCCCAGUCUCCGAGGAGGUAAUGGGAUCCCUCCCCGAUGUGUUUAUCUGGAGGAGAUGGCAGCAGACCUGGAUGGACAGGACUGGUUGGACAUGGACAACAUAGAACAGGCACUGUUCAACCGUCUGCUACUCUUAGAACCAGGGAACCACCUCAUCUAUAUGACCUCCUGUAGCGCUGUUAACCUUUCUGCUGACCGUGAUGCUGGAGAGAAGUGUGCCAUCCCCUACCUGUAUGCAUGCUAUCAGAGGGCCAAAGAAGAGGUCACAAAAGUACCCGAGAAGCUGCUGUCAUACGCUGUUCGCUGUAAGAACUUGACAGUGUCUAACACACGGACAGUUCUGCUCACUCCUGAGAUUUACAUCAGCCAGAACAUCUACGAACAACUUCUGGACCUGUUGCUAGAUGGCGUUAGUGGUGCACGUAGGUUCUGGGAUGGGCUAAACUACGAAGAGGUGGUUGAGUUUGUGGAGGAGGUCAUAUUGGGCCUGCUUGCUGACCAGGAGGUGCGUACUUUUGGGGAAGUGAUAGUACCAGUGUUGGAUAUCCUCCAGGGGCGCAUCAAAGACCUGGACCUAUGCCAGCCUCUCCUGUACUCCUACCUGGACGUUCUCCUCUACUUUAGCCACCAGAAAUAUAUUGCUAAGGUCUUCAUGGAACACAUCCAACCCAAAGACCCAACUAAUGGUUUGCAGUACCAAAAGGGCCUGUUAGGGACAGUGCUGAGUAUCUCCUGUCUGUUGAAAACCCCAGGUGUAGUGGAGGGACAUGGUUACUUCGUUAACCCCUCCCGCUCCAGUGCUCAGGAGACAAAGGUUCAGGAGGCAAACAUCCACCAGUUCAUGGGCCAGUUCCAUGAAAAACUGCACCAGAUCCUGAAGAACCUACUUCAACGCUCUGGAGAGACACGCCACCUGCUCCUCACUUGGUUGGGCAGCUGUCUGCAGGCUAAUGCUGGCCGCACCAAGAUAUGGGCCAGUCAGAUGCCAGAGAUCUUCUUCCAGAUGUACGCUUCAGAUGCUUUCUUCCUAAACCUGGGUGCAGCACUCCUGAAGUUGUGCCAACCCUUCUGCCGCCCACGCUCACCCAAACUGCUCACUUUUAAUCCCACGUACUGUGCCCUGAAAGAGCUUAGUGAAGAAGAGAGGCACAAUCGCAACGUGCAUGCCAGAGGUCUAGACAAAGAAACCUGUCUGAUCCCAGUGCCCCCUCAGCAACCAGUGGAAUAUGCACAGUCCUACAGCCUGCUGACUGAAAACCUCAUCCUCACACAACUCACCCUGUACCUUGGCUUUCACAGACUACAUGAGCAGAUGGUGAGAAUGAACCAGUCUCUCCACCGACUCCAGGGGACAUGGCAGGAAGCCCAGCGAACAGACAGCCCAAUGUCCGAACAGCUCUUGGAGCAGUUUCAACGUCUGAUGAUUGUUUACCUGUCCACGAAAGCUGCUGCCACCCAACCUACCAUGCUGCAGAACUGCUUGAGCCUGCAGGCCUCAUCUGCUGCCUUGCUGGUUCAGCUGAGUCUGGGAAAUCAGGGGACUGAGCAUGCUGCACUCACCUUUCCCUUGCCUCCCGUACAAAACAAUAUGCUCUGCUUUGUACCAGAAUUCUUUGCAGAAAACUUGGGUGAUUUUUUUAUCUUCUUGCGUCGAUUUGCUGAUGAGAUUUUGGAAUCCUCUACUGAAUGUCUGGAGCAGAUCCUUAACUUCAUCACUGUUUUCAUGGGCAAUGUGGAGAGGAUGAAGAAUCCCCAUUUGCGAGCAAAGCUGGCAGAGGUUCUGGAAGCAGUUAUGCCCCACUUGGAGCCCGUGGCUGAUAGUGCUUCUCAGCCAGUUGUUUUCCAGCGAGAGAGAGUCUUCUGCUCCUACAGACAUGCAGCUCAACUGGCUGAAGCCCUUAUCACUGUGUUCGUAGACAUUGAGUUCACCGGUGAUCCUCACCAGUUUGAACAGAAAUUCAACUACAGAAGGCCCAUGUAUUCCAUCCUCAAGUAUAUGUGGGGCAAAGAUAACUACAAAGAGAGCAUUAAACGUCUUGCUGACUAUGCAUCUGAGAACCUGGAGGCCAUGAACCCCCCUUUGUUCUUGAGGUACCUCAACCUGCUGAUUAAUGAUGCCAUCUUCCUUCUGGAUGAGGCUAUUCAGUACUUGAGCAAAAUCAAACUUCUACAGCUAGAAAGGGGUCGAGGGGAGUGGGAGGGCCUGGCCCCCGAUGCUCGCAGAGAAAAGGAGUCUAGCUUGCAAAUGUUUGGACAGCUUGGACGCUUCCACAAUAUCAUGUCCAACGAGACCAUUGGCACACUAGCUUUCCUCACAUCAGAGAUCAAGGGCAUCUUCGUACACCCAUUCCUGGCUGAGAGGAUAAUCGCAAUGCUCAAUUCCUUCCUGCAGCAUCUUGUGGGGCCUAAGAUGGGUGCCUUAAAGGUCAAGGACUUCAGUGAGUUUGACUUCAAGCCCCAGCAGCUGGUAUCUGAUAUCUGCACCAUCUACCUUAACCUGGGUAAUGAAGAGAAUUUCUGCGCCACAGUCCCUAAAGAUGGACGCUCCUAUUCACCUACCCUCUUCUCUCAGACAGUUAGGGUCCUGAAGAAGAUCAACAAGCCUGGAGACAUGAUUGUGUCCUUUGGACUCCUUGCUGACAAAAUCAAGUCUCAUGCAGACAGGCAGCAGCAGGAAGAGGAGACAUAUUCAGAUGCUCCAGAUGAGUUUCUGGACCCUAUUAUGUCCACACUAAUGCUGGAUCCUGUCCUGCUCCCCUCCUCUAAUGUCACAGUAGAUCGCUCGACCAUAGCAAGACAUUUACUGAGUGACCAGACGGACCCAUUCAACCGCAGUCCUCUUACUAUGGACCAGAUCAGGCCAAAUGAGGAACUCAAACAGCAGAUCUUACAGUGGUUGGAUAGGCAUAAGCAGAUGGGACCCAGCGGCUAGCCCUGAGCCCUGUCUGAGAUGAACAAUGACCGCACCC